AUGGCGCAUCGAGCUUCCUCCGCCUCUUCCGGCGCGGGAGAACCGCGAGUCUGGGCUCCCAGGCGAAGCCAGCGAUUAGAUCAACGGCCAGGAUUCGCAUCAGCCGCUGCUGCUGCCCCAUCUGCCGCCGGUCGUAGCUCCAACGUUCGUCCUGUUAGGCCCAGCGGGUCUCCCGCCGCAGCUCCCGCCGAGGGACACAGCGUUACUAGCCGCACCCCGGCGCAUUACCGCCGUUCGUUAGCGGAGAUCGCGGCGGCGUCGUCUUGCGGCAGCCGGCCCGCGCCCGGCGGGAUGACGGCGGUGGUGGGCGAAGCGAGCCUCACGGCGCAAGUCGCGGACAACCUCACGCUGCCGCCUCACGGCGUCGCUUCCGCCGCUUCCUCUUUAAACGGCGGGGAUGGCGGCGGAAGCGCCGCUGGCGCAGCUAGGGAAGCGGGCGGUGGCGGAGGCGGAGGCGGCGGGGCGUGGGGAGUGCAGCACCACGCGGGGGUAGGCGCCGCGGCUGCUGAUUGGCCGCCCAUCGCCAGCGCGUCGCACGAAUUCGUAGAUGGCGCGGCGGCGUCGGAGUCGUCUGAAGUGCCUGUAGCGAGAGAUAUGGAGUCCGGGAAAGAGGGAGGCGAUCCCCAUUGGGUGGACGUCGCGAUGGCGGACGAUCAAGCCUCGGUGGACAGCCACGAGGAGAGCUUUGCGCAGAUCGCGCCGCCCGUCGCGCGCGCGCAGGUCUCGCAGUCUAACUCCGUCGUCGACGGGCGGCGCGGUGGGGGCUGGGGCGCGGGGGGCCGCGGAGUCGAGUUUCGGGGACAAGUGCAGACGCGCUCGACGCGCAGUGGCCGCGGACGCGGAAGCGCGGGCGGACAGGGUGGAGUUGCGCUCAGCGGCGUCGGCGCGGUGGGGGAAGGCGGCGCAGGGCCUGGCGGAGCGGGAGUAUGGGGGGCUGCUGAGGGGGACGGCAGUCGCGCGGGGUACUGGGCGGGGGCGCCGGGAGAGGGCGUAGGGGGAGCGGGGGAGCGGGGCGCGGGGGCGUUUUCCGCCAUGGGCAUCCCCGCGCCUGCUGCGUCCGUGCAGAGCCAGGGGUCUUCGUUAGGCAGCGGGCAUGACGCGGGGGGAGGCGCGGGCGCGGGCGCGCACAAGAGGCAGCGGGGGAGGCGAUCCGCGCAUGCGCCCGCGAUGGCGGAGGUGCACAUGGCGGCGGAUCCGGGCGGGCGAUUCGGAGAUUCGGACGAGGUGUCGAUUGGCAGCAUGAACGCGUGUAGCAGCGGCGCCAGAAGCGGGGGAGGCGGAGGCGCUAGAAGCGGGGGAGGCGGGGGCGCUAAAAGCGGGGGGGGCAGCGCGGGGGGAGGCGUGGGCGGAAGAGAAGGCGCGGGGGGAGUUGGUGGAAGGGAUGAAGAGGAGAUGGGGGGUGCUGCUGCGUCAGGGGCGGGGCGAGGGGGACGCGGAGGGGGGAGUGGGCGGGGGAGGCGAGGGGGUGGGGGAAGCAGGCAGGCGCAGGGGUCGCAGACAGGGGGAAGGGGGCAGGAGGAUCGUGAGAUAGACGCUUUGGGACGUUGCAUGACCAAGAUCCUGCGGCACCAGGCGAGCCAGCUGGGGUUGCACGUGGCGCCAGAUGGCUUCGUGCGAGUGGCCGAUCUCCUGCUGCUGCCCGUCAACACCAACGCCCACCGCCCCCUCGCCUCCCACACGCUGGAGGACGUGCGCCUGGCUGUGGCGCGCGACAACAAGCAGCGGUUUACACUGAGGGAAGGGCCGGGUGGGGAGGUGUAUGUGCGGGCGAACCAGGGCCACUCGCUACACGUGGACGAGGAGCAGCUGCUGCGAAGAAUCACCGACCCCGCUGCCCUGCCAGACUGUGUACACGGAACGUAUGAGCGCCACCUGCCGUCCAUACUGUCGUCGGGCCUGAGUCGCAUGAACCGGCAGCACGUGCACCUCACCAAAGGGGUGCCCUCGCAGCACCACUCCGUCGUCAGCGGCUUCCGUUCAAACGCAGAGGUGCUGGUGGUGGUGGACGUCGCUCGCGCCAUGGCAGACGGCAUGCCAUUCUUCGAGUCAGACAACGGGGUCAUCCUCACUUCUGGCUUCCAUGGCUACAUCCCUCCAACCUACUUUGCCUCCAUCCUCAAGUGGCCCUCGCUCCUCCCCCACCCCCUCUCCCCUCCUCCUCCUCCCCACCCCCCCCAUCCUCCUCUACCCGCCCUCGCUCCUGUCCCCCCUGCUGCCUCUGCUGCUGCCUGUGCGGGGGAAGCAGCUGGGCCGUGUCAUUUAGACCCGAAUUUAGGGGGGUUUGCUGCGUUUGGACCGAAUGUGUCGGAGGAAGGGUUUACGCCUGUGCCUCCUGCUGCGUCGGCGGCUGUGUGUGUGGGGGAGGUGAGUGUGAGGAGCGAUGGAGGGGCCAUGGGGGAUGAGGGGGUGGGUGGGACGGCGGAGUCUGGGAGAGGGGAGGUGGGCGGGUCGAAUGAGGAUGAGGAGAUGGUGGGAUGA